AUGGCUAAAAGAGGUUUUACUCCAAGCGCUUUUGCGUUGCCUGGUUUAUCGAAGGACUCGAACAAGCCGUUUGGAUUUUCUGUGGUGAGAGAAGAUCAUGGCUCUCGUUCCAUUGCUAACGUGAAUCGAGUUAGUGCAAAAGACAACUUGGAGGAAUCUUCAAGUUUAGUUGAUGAGUUAGGAUCACUUUUGCCACCACAGACAGAAUACACGCUCGAAAAUUUGACAAAAACAAGGCCUCGCAGUCCAAGACGAAGAUCACCUUCACCCUUGGCGCGAAGAAAAGAACUCGAAAACAACUCCAACUUUUCUUUUGAUGUAAAUAGUCCUCAAACUUCGAUUAAAGACCAUGUGGCUUUCUCAGAUGAGCGUGUAAACGUGUUAAACGAAAAACCAAACCUUCCAUCAGCGCUCAUUCUUUCCAACGAUGUAGGAUUAUCGAUUUCGAGUAGAGAACUCUCUCAAUCAAGAUCUUCACCGCGACUUAGUGAUAAGCCGCGAACAAAUCGUCCCAAAGUGGCUCCGAAACCUGAAAGAAACAAAAAUUACGAAAAUGGAGAGCUCUUGACCGAGAGAACAGAUCUUAACGUAGUUAGUGUGGUAGAUGACCCCAAAAUCCGGUUGGUGGAUGAGGAUCAUCACAGAGGUGACAACGAUCCACCUCCUCUUCCUACAUCACCCCCGCCGUUAGAGGACGACGAGAUUUUGGGUUCUUUAGCUUACGACACGCUAAACGAAGAAACAAAGCGAUCAUUUCCAAUAAGUGGGUUUGAAAAAACGCAGUCAAUUGACAGAACAACUGGCAAAUUGUCAGCAAAGUUGGUGGAUAAUCCCCUUAAAAAUGAAAUUGAAGACAAUGUAUUGAAUAAUAGUAAGCAGUUAAGAUCUGAUACAGCCAGCAGUAAUAACAGUCCUUCUUCAAGGAUAGCAAAAUGGCAGGGCUAUGGAAGGACUUCUAGUGAAGAUAACUAUAUUUUACCAAAGAUUGGAGCUGGCUUUCCAAACAGACAGACCCCCUUAGAUUCUGCCAUUGCUUCACGACUGUCCAAAUAUGAGACGCCCUAUAGUUCCAGACAGCGAAAACCUGUUGAAAAGACCUUGUCAGCAAACCGUCGACGAUUCAAACCAGUCACAUUAACAGAUGAGGACAAGACAACAAAUUCUGAGAACAUUAAAGAAAAUAUUGACUCUUUGGUUAAUGCAGAAAAAAAAACCAAUCAGCCAAUGUCAGUUGGUUUGCAUGGUAUGAAAACUGGAAAAAAUGUCACCAAUUCUUUACCAAGGAAUUUCAGGGAUGGAAUUAGUGCUAUAAGCCAGCCUCUGAGUUCAUCUGAGAGUAAUAGACAAUAUAAUUUUCAAGGUAAUAGUUUUGUGCAAGGAGAAAAAGCAAAAUUAGAUCUUGAUGGCUUAGAAAAGCAAUCAGUUACUGAUAAAAAUACUUAUGAUGAGAAUUCUAGCCAGAAAUCAUGGUCAUCAGACUCAUAUGGUGCAAGCAGGACUGCACAUCAAGAACCUGAUGUGGUUGUUGAAUAUGACAGCGGUAAUGAUGGCCUAGAAAAGUUUGAUGACAGCAGUGGUAAGGGAACAGUGACAUCUGUUGGAUCAAAAAUUAGAACUUCAAAUGUAAAUGAUCCUAAUGAAUUCAAAAUUGAAAGUAAUAUCAAUGAGAAUGAGGUGAGCAGGAGUGCUAAUAAUGACAGAAAUAGAGCAGAAAAAGAACAUGGAAGUUCAGGAAUGACAUUGCCAAAAGUUGUCAUUGAAUACGAUGGGGAAGUUGUCAAUGAGCCUUCAAUUGAUGGAUAUGACUCUGAGGAAACUUCUGAUGAAGGUAAAAACCUGGUGUCAUCUUCUUUCAGUCAACUUGAGGACUUGGAUGAUUUACAUUAUUCAGAUAACAUGUCUGAUGGCUCUGUUAGUCUUUAUGCUGAUGAAGACGACAUAGGAAUCUUGGAUUAUACAGAUGAUGAUGAUGAUGAAUUAGAUGUAACAUUGAGGGAUGAAGACCUCACUUUUGACAAUCCUGUGAGAGAAGAAGCAGAGGAAACUAGAGGUUAGUGAUUCUUUUAUGCAGUAUUUUUAGAAUUCUUUUGUGAACUUGCUUCCAUUUUAAAAUUUUGGUUUCUUGGAAAGGAAUUGCUGUACACAAAUGAUUUCUGAGAUGAGUCUAAUUAUGCUGAGACACUGACCUCAGUACCUGAGUAGAAGGUCAUUACAAUUGAGAAUGGGAUUGUUUGGACUGGACUUCUUUGCUUUUGUCUGUAACUUGUACUGUUCCCUGUGUGACCCCUGGGCAACUACUGAUGGCAGUGCAUAUAAACACCGCUGGACAUGUGAUUUAAUUGUUUAGCUAUGUGACUAGAAUUUGGGCAGUGUGCUUAUAAUAGAGUUGAAAUAAAGGGGAAAAAGCUAUGACUCAAACCUAUUAACCAAUCCCCAAAGUGAUUUUAAGGAAAAAAUAAUAGAAAGAUUUAGAAGAGAAAUCACGGGCAUGAUUUUAAGAAAAAAUCUGAUGUUUCUAGUUGUGGGCAAAGAAAUAAUUCAAGCUAGCAUCUUGGAUGGCUUUGAGAAAACUAAACCAUAGUUUUGAUUAACUAUUUUGAGCCAGUCACUAAUUGCAAAAUACAUGUCAAAAAUCUUUACUACAAAUAACUAUGAAGUAAUUGGAAAUUAUUUUGGUUUUUUACCCUUUUUAUUGGAAAUGUGACAACUGAACACUUUGAAACUUGUUAUAAAAUUGUUCAAAGAAUGUCUCGAACUACAGACUUGUGUCAAAAAGAGUUUUGGAUCAAAAAUACUUAUCCACUUUGUACUAUGAAUUGAUUUACCUGUAGAGCUUAUGAGUCAUCUUACCUAUGAACCUAUGGAUAAUGCCCUUCAAAUCUUUGUAUUUUGUAACUGUAGUUGUGGUUGGUUUUUGUUUUCUUUCAAAAGCUUCACUCACAUUGACCUGUUGGCUAUGCAACUGCUUGAAAAUUUUGCUGUCAUGUGACAUGAGACAAGAGACUUUUUGUCAGAUCAUUGUGCAAUGUUAGUGGAUCUUUGUGUUGGAUAAGCUUCAAUAUCAUGACAGAACUCACUGUUGCUUGUUUUAGCCAUGAGACAAGAAAAGAAUAUUCUUUAUUCAUGAGCUUCAAAUACUAGCCUUACAGGGUGAUUGAUGUAUAUUGAAUCACUUUUGAGCUUUUAAUUUGCACUGAACUGAUAUUGAUUUUGUAUUGAUAUUGGCUCGGUAUCUUAAAAGUGCUUCUAAAAUUACUAAGACAUAGGCAAUUAAGACUAAUAAAGACAUGCUAACAGUUCAUUUUUCAUUUGAUAACUAUCCUUACCAUAGGUUAAAAUUGAUUUCAAAAGGUUUCUUCAAGUUUCCUGAACCUUGGAAUUAACUUUGAUCAUUGCUAGCUUUUUUCUAGGGAAUUCGAGAACAAUAAGAUUUAAAAUAUUGACUUGCAAUAAAACCACAUCUUCCACUCCCUGGAGUUUUUUUUCACCAUAUUUGUCAAUUGUAGGAUUAGUUCCUUUUCAAAGACAUCCUACUCUUGAUUGCACAAUAUGUUUUUUCCUUUAAAUUCUAUGAAAUGUGGGAAAGACUGUAGAAGAACACACUGAUUUUUGACAGUCAUGUUUACGUUAGAGGUUGUUCAAAGACCCAUGCAGUUUGUCAUUGAGGUAGAUGUUGGUGGUAAGUAGCUAUUGACCUCAAGUAGGCAAUUGAGCAUUCAAUACUGCCCAUAAUUCUCCAUCUGUUGAAUUGAAUUUUAAAUAAUUUCUCUUUGUUCAAGUUAUUUCCACAAUAAAUUUUGAUGUGAAAUUAAUUGUUGAACAAAUGUUGAAUUAUUGGUAAGAACAAGUGUGAGCAAUUAAUCAUCUUUUUUAUUAACACAUUGAAAAGUGAAACAUACACCCUUGUAUUGAUUAUGAUUCAUCAUUCUUGUGUCUUCUUCCUGUGGGAAGGCACUCUCUGUGUAAAUAUCAGUGUGUGAAAUUUGUCAAGGAUUACUAAGCAAGUUCUAGUCAUUUUGUAUGGAAAAAUUAUUUCUGUCAAACAUUUUGUGGUGAAAAAUGGAUCCUUUAGAAGGUUUGUUGAAGUUGAAAUUAUAUUGAUGAUAGAGAGGUGUAGAGAAUUUGGGCCUCUUUGUGUCAACAUGAGUUCAAAAUACUUCAUUUAAGUGUUCAAAAUUUUUGAAAUGGUUGCUUUGCCUUGUCAUAUGCCUUGUCAUAUUUUGAGCUACUUCUUUCGGGUGAGUACCUUUCUGUAAAAGAAUUCUGCUGACAACCUUUUCGUAUUUUGAAUGUUCAUCACUUCCUCUAAUUUUUGUUUUUUAGUAUUUUCUAUCUUUUAAAAAUGGAUGAAGGAUGUGUGUACAAUGUUUGAUUCGAAACUAUUUGAAGAGGAAUAUAACAUUUUGGUGCGACAGUUUUUGUUCAAGAUAGUGUUUGUGGUUAGUUUCAGUCUUGUGGCAUGGUAUGAGAGGAUUUAUAAGUGAGAAUAUUGCAUUUACUCUUAACCAAGACACAUGUUAGUUUUUGCUUUGUUUGUUUCCAAAAAUUUGGUAUGUCUGUUGCAAAGCUUGGAAGUUUAUCACAUGGAAGGCAAACUGAAUCAUUUGAUUGUAAAAUAAAUUUACAAUUCACAGGUAAUUGGUUUGGUAAAAGAUAAAACUGUGCCCCUUUAGUAUCCUUGCUUAUUUGAGCACAUGUAUCACUAGUAGUAUAAAGUCUAUGUUCAGGGUUCUUAAAUAUAUUACAGUAUGUGACAAUGUGAUGGAACGUGAUGCUAAAAUGUUCUUAAACAUAUAUUUUUACAAUCAGAUGUAUUCUUAUAAUAUUUGCUGAUAAAGGGCCUUUGAAGACCCUUUUUCAGAGUAUCAGUCACCAGACAGAACAAAAUCAGGGAUGGUAUUGGAAAGAGUUUGUUGUAGGAAAUUUAUUGUACAAAAACGUUGGAUUAAGCCUUUUUGAUCAUGCAUCUAGACUUGCAUUGUUGUAAAAUUGUCAUUCAUCUGAUGGAUUUGCGUGGAAAGUAGCAUGCAUAUGUUAAGAUAUCCUUGGAAUAUGGUCACACAUUUUUAAGGUCAGACAGUUAGUAUCGCCCAUUUAUACAUUAAUGCCAAGGGUUUUAGGAAAUAGUUUGGAAUGUUUAAAUUUUUUACAGCCGUUACAACUAUGUGAUGUCUGGUUUGACUAAUUGCAUGACAAUGUGUGUAUUAUUUCAUGUGAAAGAAAAUUAAAUGUGUUAUCAUUGUUUACUUUAUAACUUGGUACAUAAAGUUGCUUCAAAUGUGUAAAUUUAUGUGUUUUACUGACAUGGCUUUUUCUCUCAAGUACUCAGAGGCUCUGAACUGGAUGAUGAUGGCCUAAUGGAUCCACCAUUGCAAAUCAUGACAGAGACAUCAGAGUCAGAGGGAAGCGAUGAAAUUUUGUUUGAGCCUCCUCCUAUGUUUGCCAGGUAGUUUAUCAAUGAAUUUCACUUUUUUAUUUUUUCAUUUAAUAAUCCUUUUUCUUCUCAAGAUCACCUCACAAUCUCAAACUCUGAAGUACAGUUAGAGUCUUCUUUGAAAUUGCAAGAAGAUAAGGACUUAUUUAUAAAUUCCAAAUCAAUAUUCUUCAGUUAAAAGUCGUAAAGCACUUUGCUAACAUUGGUUACUAAAAAUUUUAAGGUUUGAGACCUUAAAAGUAACCUCAUGCAUUGAGGUUAAUCAACUUUAGUUCUGUAUUCCCUAAGUAGGGAAUGUUAGAUACAAUUCAGAUGUAAUUCUGAGACGUUGUUCUACUGGUCAUUACAGCAUAAUUAGAGACAUCAAAAAAAAUAAACAACAAAACAAAAAAACAAACAAAAGUAAUAACACUAAUGGCAGAUUUGUUAUUUUAAGCCUUUCACCCCCAAGAUCUAAUCAAUAAUUCUCCUUACUAUCUGCUUUACAAUUCUUACCAUGUUAGUUUAGAGAAUUUGGUAUUGGAUUGCCUGAAAAUCCUGCGAAUCACUAUUUUUCUUUAUUCUUGUCACUUGCCUGCUUGAUUUUGCAUUGCUACUGAAAAGUGAAAUUCUCUGUUUGUCACUCAUGGGAGUUAAAGGGCUCAAUGUAUAAUUUAAACAGAGCAGAAAUCUUAAACCAAAUCAAUGGAGAUGUAAGUAAAAAUUUGAAAUGCAUGCAGUAUCUUUCUAAAUCACAUUGUUGUUUGUCAUUAUCGUUUUAGCUCUGAUGAGGCAGAGGUAAAAGAAGAAGUAGAGGAUUCAGAUGUGUUUGAGAAUGGAUAUGAAGGCGAUUUGCCAUCCCCUGUUAUUCCCUCCUCUCUGUUAGAGGUACAGGUAAAAGAAAAGGGAGGUUAAUGUGUGUUUUUCCCUGGUAAUGAGAAUACUCAAACUUAAACUCUUGUAACUUAUUUACAAGGGAAUAAGUUGAAGCUAGAAGGGAGAAUUAACAAUCGGAUCUUAAGAGUUAAAAAGUGAAUGCUGCAUCUAAGGUCACUUAAGGAUUCAUUCCAUACACCUCUUUUAUUUCUGGCCCGGACAUUUUGUCAUGGUUUUGGUAAAGACAAUUUUGUAAUUUUUAACAGAGAAAUCUUUUAAUGAACAUGCAUUAUGUGCCUGAUCACUGAAUAAGUGCAAAAUGUUUUGAGACACAUUGCUGAGACCUGAUGAUUCACUCCCAGUUUGUGACCCAUUAGUAAUUUAUCCAUACAGUAUUGAUACAUUAUCUACCAGAAAGGUAAUGAGAGGAAAGAAAAAUAUUUGUAGGGGAUACUGUUUGAUUAACUCUAAAUUAUCAGAGCAAGAUAAGAAAGAAAUGAAUGACAGAAUUUCAAGAAACAACAGUUAGAUCUUGGAAGUGAAAGGGUCAUUUUUUUUUUCACAAAAACCUGUCAUGAUUCGUAAUUUUUAAUAGUAGUGAAAGAGUUCAAGAUAACUUUACCCUUAAAGUACUGUCAAGUGAAGGUUCUUUGUGUUGUGCUUUCAGCCACAAGAAGAUAAAAGAUUUCACAACCUUGCUUUAGAGGUGUGGACGGAAGAUGAUUGUGUGGACUGGUUAGAUUUUAUUGGUUUGGGACAUUUUGCAACAGAGUUCAGAGGUUUGUAUGAUUGCACAGUAUUUGUUGUGCCAACCUUAAUUGAAAGUUUUCAGUGAACAUGAUAUCAAAUGAUGAUUGGACAGUAAUGGAUCAAACCUAAAAAUUAGAAUUUGAACUAUUACCUCCUCAUAUCAAUAGUUACUUACAAUUUUUAAGUUUUUCAGGGAACAGUUUUUUAAAUGUCAUUGCCUCAGAGACAGUCAAAAUAACUUGUUCUUUUAAGUACAUGGCAAUCCCCAUGAUAAAAAGAUUAUUGUUUUUGCACAACUCGUUGAAACCAAUGUUUAGCGAACACAACAGGUCUCUUCAAAAUUGAAUGUGUAAUGAGUUUCUGCAUGAAAUUAAAACAUUGUGUUUCUAUUUAUGUAUUUUCAGAGCAUCAUGUGGAUGGAAGAGUCUUAAAAAACAUCAAUUUCCAGUUACUUGGUUAGUAUUUGACUCUGGUUUCUUUGAGGUGUAAACUCUUUAGUAGACUUUUGCUUUUAACCAACAGAAAACUGAUGCAAAGAAGUUGUGCUAAAAAAGUAACUUUGAAAUGAAUGUUGUUUAAUCUUUCAUUCCAGAGGAGAUUGGCAUUAAUUCUCCUGAUGAGCGUGAAGUUAUCCUCUCCGAGAUAUACAGACGUUUUCACCCUGAAGAAGAGGACAUGUUUGAAAUGGAGAUUCAAGGUAUGGUGCAAAUGCAAAUCGAUUUGAAAUAGAUUUGAUUCUAGGGGGAGAAGGGAGGGCUUUUAUUGACUUAAGCAAGGUGCAGAUAACUGAACAAAGAGGGUAAGUUUCUAAAGAAACUGUGGUGCUGCAUCAGUGGGAGAGUAUAACAAGGUAAUUUAGUAUUAUCAACUGAGUUGAUAACAUAAAUUAGCCACCGUAAAGAGUUUCAAAGCUGAUGUUUAAAGUGUUAGCCCUUCAUCAGAGCAAAGGACUAAGGGCUAAUGCUCAAAAUGUCAGCUUUUAUACUCUCUAGGGUGGUCAAUUUAUGUUAUCAACUUAGUUGAUAAUACUAAAUUACCAAGGUGCGUGUAGCCUGUGAUGCUCAAAACACUUAUUUUUACUGCUGCAAUGCAAUUAAUUUUCAUUGUGAAGUACAUGUAGUAGCUUUACAAGUGAUGUGAGAGCAAAGUGUUCAAGAACAAAACACAACAACAGGGCUCAAAUUUAGUCCUGUUUUUCCCACAAUAGCCACAAUAAGCAUUUAAAUUUGACAUAUAUCAAAAGAAAGGUUAAUAGAAUGUGAUCAUUUUGUCUGACUAACAAUUACUAUUUUUCACAGGUGCUCUGCAGUCUGCCUCUGAGAAAGAGAAGAUGAAAAUUAUGGCAGUCCUCAAUGCUUUACGAUCUCCAGCAUUCCAAGCAGAACUUGGACUGGACACUUCCACAGGUUCUUCUUCACCUCACGGAAGUGAAGCAGGUUUUUAUAUGGGAGCAGAAACUGGGUCAAUAUCCAGUGGUGUCACAACAGGCAGUGAGGAUCAUUCUCAGGAUAUCAACAUGCCUCCUCCACCGCCUCCACCCUCAUGGUCACGAACAGCAAAGAAAACAAAAAGCUUGGGUAGAGAACUUGAUGUAAGUUAAGAUUUUAUUUCUUAUUGGAGUGUUGUUUUGUCAGAAACUAACUUACAUCUCGCAUAUUGAGAUAUAAAUGUAAAAUUGAAGUUAAUCAGUGUACGUACACAAGAAGAUCAGUAUUGAGUUUCCAAUGGUUUUAGGUUCCCAAUGGUGAUGAUUAACAAGAUAUUAAUGAUAAUAUUUGCAUGUUCUUCAACCAAAGAAUUGUGUUUUUGCUGGCUCAAAGCACCUGAUUCCCCCUCUUGGGCCAUCAUAAUUUCUCGAGGCAGUGUGAAGGUGUCAUUUAAAUCUGACAGUAUCUUCCUAAACUCAUACUUUAUGGUGAAUUUUGCGGAUGUUGUAUAACUUUUGUGGUGUAUGUUUAUGAGAGAAGGGUAGGGUUUGAUAGAGACGUUACAUACUUAAAGUGCUUGGUUGGUGACCAGCAGCUUGUUACAAGAAAGUCCUCGUUCCUUUUUCAUUGAUAUAAUUAUCUUUUUUGUGAUAUUAACUGGAGCUUUUGUUAUGCAGGACUAUGAAAUAAUACCUAAGGGUGGGAAAUCAAAGAAGCCUGGAAAGACCUCUAAAGACAAGGACAAGUCAGGAGAAAAAAGUUCAAAAAGUGAGAAGCAUGGACGGAAGGAAAAGAAACACAAAAGGUAUGAACUUAUAAUAUUGAGGGAGUGAUGGUGGAAAAAAAGUGUUAUUCAGAUAGUCCAGUUCAAGGUCUAUGAAUUGUUAUGCUUUCUUUUGUGCCUAGUAUUUAUAAUAGUGCCGUUAUUAUACCAUACUUUUUUUUUUUAACCCUUUCUCUUCCAAGAUGGCAUCAAUAAUCAAUAAUUCUCCUUACUUUCUGUCAUAAAAUUCUUAUGCUGUGAGUUUGGAGAAUUUGGUAUGGGAUAUUUUUUUUACUCUCAUCACUUGUCUGCUUGAUAAUGUAUUGCUAUUGUAAGGAGAAAUUAUUUCUUGGUCUCUCAUGGGAGUUAAAGGGUUACUGCGAUGUCUUAAGGAUUUCUAAACCAAGGGUGUAAGAGUAAUUUUCAUCUGCUUUUGUGCCCCUUGCCUCCUAGUUGUCUUUACGGAUACUAGCUGAUAAAUCUGAAAAUAAAUGUAGCUUACAAUAAUCACUUCUGUUCAUGCUAUGGCUCAGUUCCCUCACCACAACUGCCAUCAAUCCACAGGGUGACAAGACUUCUGGACAGCUUAUCUCUAAGCACAAGUUCGUCCAAGCUGACCAAGCUCUUCCACCACUCAUCCUCGUCUUCCUCAUCAGCGACAAAGAAACUCAAUCCCACAAUGCAGUAUCUUCUGCAGGCUGGUCCCCAGGGAUUGAUUCGAAUAUGGCCGACAGCUCUCUCUGAGGAGAUGAAUUAUUGCAGUUUCAUGGUCAACAUGACCACUACAAGUGCUGAGAUUAUCAAACUUGUCUUUGAGAAAUACGAGUUAGUGGACGAUCCACGGAGGUAUUAUGUUUGUGAAAUGGGAUUAGGAAAAGGAGGUAGGCCUUUUGAAAUACUUUCUCAGUUUGUAUUAUUCUUUCCCUGGUUUGAAAUGUGGAUUGGAAAGAAAAAAAAGGAAAACUUUAAAUAUGUCAAAACACUUGUUAGAGGUGUCAUUUUUAGUUUUAAAUAACACUUCAAAGCUGAUUUUUUGCACCACUUCAUAAGAGUAGCAUUUCUCCUUAAUCUUUUCCAUUCUCACAUCGAGCUUUUGUUUUCCAAAGUUUACAGCAUUGUCCGACACAUAAAUUGCCAUACUGUGCAGUUUCAUUCUGUGGACGGCAUUAUCCUCUUUUUGAGCAACCAGGAUCUUGUCAAAAAUCUUAGCUGAUAUUUUGUUGAAUUGCUAUCGCCCCUCUCCUCAGCAAUAUAAUGUUUAUUGUCAUUAACAUUAAUGUAAUCUGCCCAUUUUCCUUUCAGGUUCACGCCAUGAUCUUACUGAUGCAGAUUGUCCUUUGUUACGUCAGUGUCGUUGGACUGAUCCUGACAAACAGCGCUUUGAAUUAAGGUGCAGAGAUGAAGGAGUGAUUAAGGUAAGAUUGUUUUGACUUUUUCUCCUGCAGUGUGUGAGAGAAGUGGAGGCUUAAUUGGUCGGACUUCAUGGCAAACGGUCUGGGCUCAAACUCUAGUGGGCGGUCUUUGUAAUGAGUUCUUGGGAAAGAUAUCUUGCACUAACAAUACCUCUCUCAACUCGAGGUUGCAAUUCUUUACAAUACGUCCCUAAACUCGAAAGUUACAAUACCGUACAAUACCUCUCUCAACUCGAAGUUGCGAUGCUUUACAAUACCUCUCUCAACUCGAAGUUACAAUAUCUUAAAAUACCUCUCUCAAUUCAAAGUUACUAUGCCUUACAAUGCCUCUCUCAACUCGAAGUGACAAUACCUUACAAUACCGGAGCUUGUUUAACCUGUAGUUCUCUUUUAUUGUCUCUGUGUUUUCUAGUUGUCUGUCCGGAUAAGAAGGAAAAUGUUUUUCAUUCGGACGAAUGUGGCGAGGGAAAAUGAAAGUUUUACAAUACCUUACAAUACCUCUCUCAACUCAGUAGUAUCGAGCCUAAUUAUUCUUUUGUGUUAUCGGCUCAAGACGUAUUGCACAGUUGAUCUUCAUAUUUGCACGCCAAUUAUCGUAUUAAAUGGUUAUUGACUAAUUUAAAGAAAGCUUUUUCCCCUGUGUCAAGCAGAGGAAAUUUAAAAUUUUAAGGAAGCUUUUUCCCCUUUGAGUCAAAUUCCAGACCUAUUCGCGGGGCAUUAAAAUCACUUUUGUCACUGGUUUUUUUUCCGCUCAGCGGUGUAGAUAGAUUGUGCUAUGCUCUUUUAAUCUCAUUAAUUUCUCUGGUAUUUUUUUUCAGAUGUUGUUUGAACUCGAAGGGUACGAAGACGAUUUAGACUACCGAUCCAUUCCCUUAUCAGCCAAGACUCCAUGUACAGAAGCGGUGGAACUGAUUGUCAAGAAGUUUCAGUUGCCUGGGAAGGCUAACGAGUACUAUUUGGUGGAAGUGUCUGAGGAAUGUGAAGGUAAAGCUUUCUGUUUAUCCAUUUAAAUGAAAAAUUUUAUUCCUAGAGGAACUAGCUUUCUGUUUGAAAGGCAUAACCAAACUCCUUACUACCAAAUUCAGCAGAAAUAUGUCGCAACGUUUGGCAAUAGCUUAAUAUAUUGAUGUCAUUUUGUGCAGAUGAUAGAGAGGAAGUAGCUGAUCACGUAUGCCCUCUGAGACUGCAAAUGGCGUGGAGUGCACCCGAUCACGUGUUCAGGCUUUGUAGACGACCAACAGAUAGUUCAACUGAUGUUAAUGACGAUAAUAAAGAUACAGUUGAUGGAUGGUAGGUGUAAAAAAAAUCCUUUUACGAAGAAAGAGGCUAGAGUCCAAACGGCGUAGAAAAUAUAUGUUAAACUUGUUAAGUAAACUUUAACAUUCGGCUAAAAUAAAGAUGUCCACGUCAGUUUUCCAAUGUCAAGGUUAUUUGAAAGUUAAAAACGAAAAAUAUUUUGUACAGUAGGUACACCCUUUCACUUCGAAGUUCUAAAUAUCGAUUCUGUGCAUUAUCUGCUACAUAUUUUCAACAAUAUUAGCCAGAGAAUUCGGUAUUGAAUCGAACAAAUGCGUUCGAGCUAAUUUGUCCUUUUUUUCUCAUCACCGUCCUGCUAAGAAUGUAUUGCUGUUGUAGGAACAAAAUCCUCUUGAGAAAGAUGUUUUUCGUCUUGUCACGAGCGUGACAAGACGAAAAACAUCUUUCUCUGUUUCUUUACCGAGCUCGAAACUUACCAUCUCUUUCAUUUCUAUCUAAAAUCCUCUUGGUCACUCUUAAGAGCGAAAGGGUCAAAACGCCUGUUUUCUACUUGAUAAGGUUUACCAACUUUUGAAAAGCAGACUUUUUUAUUGACCCCGUACACCUUUAAAUUAGUCUUCGUAAUCUCCACACUGUUCUUGUUACAUUUCCUAUGGCACUGACAAGGAGAGUUUGUUUAAAAAUCAGCAGCCUCUUUGGUUGGUGAUCAUUUUCUUUGUUCUCGUGACCUUUGAAUUUGAUUUAAGGGUGACACUGAAAGGAGAAAUAAGAAGCCAGUCACUCAUAAGAGUUAAAGAGUUGACGUGUGUUAUGUAUGCCUGUUGUAUGUAGGAUGACAGAUGCUACUGAAGAUGCCUCUCAAGAACCAGGCAUUACCUCAGAAGUAUCUUCGGUUCGUGAUGAAGACGAGCUGAAGUUUGCACCUGUCCCAGGAAGUGUAGAAGGGAGCGAAAUCAAGGAGGAAAUCAGUGAGGAUUUGAUGGAGGGUUUGAACGAGCUGGAUCAAGUCAUCGAUGAGGAAUCCGAGGUGAUCGCUUCUCAGGAGUUAGAGGCUGUCCGUCAUGAGCUUGCCGCCAAAGAAGAGGAGUUGAAAGAGCUGCGUUUACGAAGUGACACGCUUAAUGAGAGAGAGGACGAACUGAUAAGCUUGCGGCGAGAGAAUGAGGAACUCAAAAUGCGAAGCGUAGCGCGCGGCAAGCUGUCAGACAAGGACGAGUCUUUGGUGGAGAAAGAUCGUGCGUUGGACAAGCUUCGACAAGAGAAUGAAGAAUUGCGGAGAAGAAUUGAUGACCUCGAGGAAAAGCUUAAGAAUGAAACGGCUAUGCGGGAUCGCGAAAUAGAAAGGCUUUACGCUCGAAACAACGAACUUUCGUCCAACGAAAAGGAGCUGGAGAAUUUAAGACAGUUACGCUAUACGUGUGAUUCUCAAGAAAAGGAACUGGAGAAGCUAAGACUUAUUAAUCAAGAGUCCAGCUCUGGUCAAAAUGAGCUUGCUUCGAGACUUGCAGAACUGAAGCAAAAGCACAAUGAAUUGUUAAUGGAGGUAAAUGAAAUGGAGAAAUUGAAGCAAGUUAACCGAGAACUCACUCGCAAAGUUGACGAGGGCGAUAUGUUUCGACAGGAGUUGGAGAAAAGCCAAGCAGAUAAGAAAGAGUUGGUUGAGAAGUUGAAGGAGUUAGAGCGCGAGAGAAGAGAAUCCAAAAAAGGUGAAAACGACAGAGUGGAAAACUUGAGACAGAAAAACCUAGAGGUAGCAGCUAAGAGCAAGGACGCAGAGGAGAUGAGAACAAAUAUUAUCAAGUUGACCGCCCAGAUGCGUGAAAUGGAAAAACAGAGCCAAGAGAGGGCGAACAAGCUGCAGAAAGAGCUGGAGGAUGCCGCUUCCGAGAAACAACAGCUGUUGGACAGGAUAGCCGAGUUGGAAGAAAGCGAAAGGAGUCAGACUCAAAAGAAAGAUGCGGAGAACAACGCAAAGGAGGUUGAGGAUUUAAAACUCGAGAACAUCUUCUUGGUUGAAAGGACGAAAGAAGUCGAUGAACUGAAGUCAGCUUUGGCCAAACUAGCGGCAGAAGCCAAGGAAAACGAGUCCUUUAAACAGAAGUACAAAGAGCUUCGUGAUGUGGAGACUGUAAGUAUUGUUAAGAUAUCUAAGAUGGUACGCGCGCUCUCGUUGGUCGAAAGGUGUGUUUAGAUGAGAGUAUGUGAACAGGCUUGUCACUCGUCGAAUUAUUUUCAAGAAAUAUUUUAAAAAUGUAACAGAGGAUAUUUUCGUGUUUACGUAGCAAUCGAGGAGUUAAGAGAAUUCUCCAAAGGUAUGCAAACCCGAAACGCAGUCGAGGAUUUGUAGCACUUUCAAGAAUUCAACCCCUUUCGUGUUUAAGUGAGGUUGUGUAAAAGUCUUUUAGUACCUAAAUAGUGCGCAUUUCGUUUGGGCGUUGUUAAACAAAAGCCAAAGUAAUCACAACAGUCAAUUAGAGCGGAGGUUAAUAUCUCAAGUAAUCAAUGUAAGGAACUCAAAGUCAACCCUAACAUCAGUAUCUAUAUUCUUCAUACUCUUCCCCAUACAUCCCCUUUGGUACUGACAAGGAGAAUUCGUUGAACAAUCAAAGCUUCUCGGGUUGGCGAUCAUUUUCUUUAUUCUCGUGACCUUAAUGUUUGAUUCAGUGGUGAUAUUGUAAAGAGAAGUUAGAUGCUGGUCGCUCUUAGGGAUCAAGGGGUUAAGCAAAUCAUCGGACUCGUUGUAAACUAUUAAGGAGAAAAAUUCCUGUUACACAAUGACUAAUCUCGCGCUUUUUAUUGAUCUUUUGUUAUUUAGUUAUUAUCGUAUUUGACUUGCGCAGAGCUCUGUUGUCUGUUCCUUGAGUUGUCAGGCCUUAUGAGAAAGGAUACGUGAUUUUGCGAGCUUUCCACCUUACAUCAAUGUCCAUAAAUUUGUUUUAUCUUUAACUGACUAAUGAAUCCUGUGUUCUUUCUUUCUUACCCAGUAUUUAACCAAACAGGUAAGCACCGCAGAAACAAUUGCUCGACAAAAGGACAAAAAGCUGAAGGAAUCAGAAAACAAGAUAAAUACUUUGGUAAGUUAAUGCAAGAUUGGUUGUUAUUGCAAGCGACGUUCUCAAGUUUAUCUAGCGUAUUGUGAGUGAAAUUUCAUGUGUGUUCUUCCCAAUCAAUGAAUAGUUUGCGUUAAAAUAGUAGCACAGGUUUAAGAUCCCUUCUAAACUGGCGUAGUCCGGCGAACCUUCAAGACAAAGCCUUCUGCUGGAAAUCUGCUGGAGCUUUGUUGAUGUGACUUUGUUUAAUGGUAUUUGUGUUUGUGCAGACUGAAGCUGUAAAAGACAUGGAAGCCAAGCUGGAGGAACAUGAACAAAAUAAGUUAUACCUGGACCAGCUAUUGGCCAUGCUGAAGGACAGGGACCCCACCCUCUUGCACGUCAUCAACACUUCGCUUGCGUCAAGGUAUAGCCAAUCAAAGUGAAGGAAAACAUUGCAAGAAACCAAUGAGAAUUCAGUGUGAAUAUGAGCAAAGUGCUCGAAGCGCGGGAAAACGCGAGUGACUAAGUCGCGUUUGGUUUUAGUCUCGUAUCUUACUGGCUUAGGAUGUGGCGCGAGAUUUUCUGAUUGGUUCAGAAAGCUCGCCAUCUCACGAUCAGAUGCAAACUGAAACAAAUAGCGACUUCGUACUCGCGUUUUCCCGCGCUUCGAGGAGUUCUUGUUUUAACUUUGAGUUCCUGUUGGCUUCUUUUGAUAUAUUUGAUUUGCUCUGAUUUUCCAUUGUGAUGUACUGUGAUUUUGAAUUUUACGACACUCAAUCAAAUUACGCUUCAGUAUUGUUCCACUAAAUUAAUUAAUGGGACUUGUUCUCUUAUCUUCGAUAUCGCUCCGUCGACCUUUACUGUAUUUUGUGGCAUUUAGAAAUUCAGUGAACCCUUAAACCCCUAUGAGUGACUAGCGUCUAAUUUCUCCCAACGAUAUCACCCCUGAAUCAAACGUGAAGGUCAUGAGAAUUAAGGAGAUGAUCAUCAACUAAGGAAGCUCUUGAUUGUUAAACAAAUUCUCCUUGAUAGCAUCUUAAGAAAUGUAUGAAGAACAGUAUGAAGAGUAUGCGUACAGAUGUUAGGGUCUAAAGGGUUAAAGUGUAUUCGAAACGUUUGUGUUGUUGUUUUUUUUUGUAGUGAACAAGAGGAAUGGUGCUGAAUGAUGGAGUUGUUUCUGCAGUUCUUUAGAUUGCCUCUUAUGGCACGAACCGGAUUAGUGUUUUUGAAGUUUACCGUCGAGAUGCCAUACACAGAUCUGUUGCUGUUAGAUAGUUUCAAAACAUCAGGUUAGGUCAGAUAGUUACGUAAGUUACUUACAUUUUGAGGAGCUUAUGUAAUGUUGAUUCAGAUUAGUUUAAAGGAUGAUCAGUACUAAACACACCCGUUUUUAAACGUUUUUUUGAUAUUAAAGAGGAGAAUUAGCUUAAUUUAUCGGUAGGAUGUCGAGACAUUUGUGGAGGAAACAUACUGUCUCAAAAAGCCUCCGUGGCAGUGAAUUUUUUCAACGAAAAUGCCAUUGGAUUCUUAGAUCUAGAUUCGUCUUCUAUUUGAUUUGCAUCCUAAAAUUUUACACGACAUCGUUUUUAACAAAACGCAACUGGUGAACUAUUAAGUAAAUAUAUUACAAAGAGAAAACAUAUUUUUAAAAAUACAUAUUUAAGGAAAACAUCAGUGCCUUUCACAAUAAAAGGUUAUCCUCGUUCAUCUCGGAUUUCCAGAGGGAGGGGAGGGUAUCCAAAAAACAUUUAUAGACAACAAAUACUCUGAAUAGAGAAAGCAAUAGCCAGAAAAAUACUUCAAAGUUAAUACUCUUAUCAGUUAGAGGUACGGCCGACCGGAAAGCUCAGCUGUGAAAUUUUCAGUGCCGCUCACCACAGCUCCAUAACAAGGAAACAUAUCGGCUGAUUAUCGAAAUGCAAACCAGCGCGAAAACAGUUGCAGUGGUGUUAUUACGUCCCAUUGGUUACACAGUUUGUUCAGAAUCUGUGAGAAGGCAGCCCAUGAGAAAAUUGAGAAAAUAAAGGAAGAAAAAUCACAGAAUUCUCUGUCAGAGCCGAUGCUUACUCGUCGUUUUCAAACACUGGUAUAAAGGUGUUUUGAAAAGUUUAGUUAAUACGGAUUGAAAUUAAGACUAAUUUUUUUAGUUAAUUAUACAACAAAUUUUAGUCAUUCUUUUUUAAAGAUUUUUUAGAGUGUUAUAUGAAGAUAGCGAUACGCCUAUGUUAUGGGUCACAUUAGAAGGUUUUUAAAGAAGUCAUAUUUUAAUGUAAUAAAGGUCUCGCGUGGAGAUCAUAUCAAGUAAUUGUACACCAAUUAAACAAAGAGAAUAUUUUGUAUUUAACUCUUGC